AGGGGGACGCGAGAGACCCGGGCCCCGGCGGCUCCUUCACGGCGAGCGUGGGGGAUCAGCGGGGAGCCGGCGCGGGGGAGCGCCCGGGGCUGCCGUCCGGGACCAUGUUGGCGGACGACGAGGAGGAGCUGAAAGUCCCGGAGGAGAUGUUCAAAGAUGUCAAGUUCUUCGUGGUGGGAGACAUCGACCCCAAGGUUAUUCAACUUCUGAAAGCUGGUAAAGCAAAGGAAGUUUCUUACAAUGCACUGGCUUCACAUAUCAUUUCAGAAGAUGGGGACAAUCCGGAAGUUGGAGAAUCUCGGGAAGUUUUUGAUCUCCCUGUGGUAAAGCCUUCCUGGGUGAUCUUGUCUGUUCGCUGUGGAGCUCUUCUGCCUGUAAAUGGCUUCUCUCCAGAAUCAUGUCAGAUCUUUUUUGGAGUCACUGCUUGUCUCUCUCAGGUUUCGUCUGAAGACCGAAGUACACUGUGGGCUUUGAUUACUUUUUAUGGAGGGAAUUGCCAGCUGAGCCUCAAUAAGAAGUGUACUCAUUUGAUUGUGCCUGAGCCGAAGGGGGAAAAAUAUGAAUGUGCUUAUAAACGGGACAGCAUUAAAAUUGUGACCCCAGACUGGGUACUGGAUUCUAUAGCUGAUAAGGGUAAAAAAGAAGAGACUCCUUAUCAUCCUCGUUUGAUUAUAUAUGAAGAGGAAGAAGAGGAGGAGGAAGAAGAGGAGGAAGAAGCAGAAAAUGAAGAACAAGACUCCCAAAAUGAAGCUAGCACUGAUGAAAAACUAUCAAGCCCAGCAUCUUCUCGAGAAGGAUCACCUUUGGGUGAUCAAGCUUUCUCACCAAAACCUACUACUGCUGACAAGGCAAAAGGGGAACUGAUGUUUGAUGAUUCUUCAGAUUCCUCUCCAGAAAAGCAAGAGAGGAAUUUGAAUUGGACACCAGCUGAAGUCCCACAGGCAUCUGCAGCAAAGCGUAGGUUGCCUCAAGGGAAAGACUCCGGGUUAAUUAAUUUGUGUGCCAAUGUCCCACCAGUGCCAGGUAACAUUUUGCCUCCAGAUAUGAGGGGCAACCUCAUGGCUUCAGUACAAGGUGCCCAAAGUUCCGACCGACAGGAAAUGAUGGCCACGUGGAGUCCAGCCGUGCGGACGUUAAGGAACAUUACUAAUAGUGCUGAUAUUCAGCAGAUUAAUAGACCAUCAAAUGUAGCACAUAUAUUACAAUCACUUUCAGCACCUACAAAAAGUUUAGAACAACAAGUAAAUCAUAGCCAACAGGGACAUCCAAAUGUGGUGCUGUUUAGUCAAGUGAAACUAACACCAGAGACACAUUUAUUGCAGCAGUCACAUCAAGCACAGCAGCAACAGCACCAUCCUCUUUUACACCUUCAACCUCAGCAACUCAUGCAGCUCCAGCAGCAGCAGCAGCAGCAGCAACCCCAGAUCCCCCAGCAGUCUUUCCAGCAGCAGCAGCAGCCUCACCAGUUUCCCCAGCAGCAGCAAGUCCAUCAGCAGCACCAGUUCUCCCAGCAGCAGCUCCAGUUCCCGCAGCAGCCGCUCCACGCGCAGCAGCCGCUGCACCGCCCUCCGCAGCAGCUCCAGUUCCAGCAGCAGCAUGUGCUGCAACAGCAGCUGCAACAGCUGCAGCAGCAGCAGCAACAGCUGCAACAGCUGCAGCAGCAGAACCUGCAGCAGCAGCAGCUGCAACAGCAACAGCUGCAACAUCAGCAGCAGCAACUGCAGCAGCAGCACUUACAGCGACUGCACCAACAGCAUCAGCAACAGCAGAUGCAGAACCAGGCUGCACAGCACUUGACGCAGACACCUCAAGCACUACAGCAUCAGCUUCCAGCCCAGCAGCCACAACACCACCAGCAGCAACAGCAACAACUGCAGCAGCAACCGCUUUUUGGGCACGAUCCAGCAGUGGAGAUUCCAGAAGAUUAUUUCCUACUGGGCUGUGUCUUUGCAAUUGCUGAUUACCCAGAACAGAUGUCUGACAAACAGCUGUUAGCAACCUGGAAACGGAUCAUCCAAGCCCAUGGUGGGACAGUGGACCCUACUCUCACAAGCAGAUGUACUCACCUUCUGUGUGAAAGCCAAGUCAGUAACAUGUAUGCUCAGGCUUUAAGGGAAAGGAAGAGAUGUAUUACAGCACAUUGGCUGAACUCAAUCUUGAAGAAGAAGAAGAUGGUCCCACCUCAUCGAGCCCUUCAUUUCCCAGUGGCAUUUCCACCGGGAGGAAAGCCAUGCUCUCAACAUAUAAUCUCUGUGACAGGAUUUGUUGACAGUGACAGAGAUGACCUCAAGCUGAUGGCCUACCUAGCAGGUGCCAAGUACACGGGCUAUCUGUGUCGCAGCAAUACAGUUCUCAUCUGCAAAGAGCCCAACGGGUUGAAGUACGAGAAGGCCAAGGAGUGGAGGAUCCCGUGUGUGAAUGCGCAGUGGCUCUGUGACAUCCUGCUGGGAAACUUCGAGGCGCUGCGGCAGAUCCAGCACAGCCGCUACACGGUGUUCAACCUCCAGGAUCCGCUUUCUCCCAGUCAGCAUCUGGUGCUCAACCUCCUGGAUGCUUGGAGAGUCCCAUUAAAGGUGUCACCAGAACUUCUAAUGGGGGUGAGGUUGCCUUUAAAACCAAAGCAAAAUGAAUCCAGUCUUCAACCGUCUUCCAAAAGAGCGAGGAUUGAAGACCUACCACCACCUACUAAAAAACUCACCCCCGAGCUGACACCUAUGGUGCUCUUCACAGGAUUUGAACCUAUGCAAGUGCAACAGUACAUUAAGAAACUGUAUAUCCUUGGAGGUGAAGUAGCAGACUCUGCCCAGAAAUGUACCCAUCUAAUUGCCAGUAAAGUGACCCGAACUGUCAAGUUCCUGACAGCAAUUUCUGUAGUCAAGCACAUAGUAACUCCAGAGUGGUUAGAAGAGUGUUUCAAAUGCCAGAAAUUUGUUGAUGAGCAGAACUUCGUGCUCAGAGAUGCUGAAGCUGAGGUGCUUUUCUGCUUCAGUUUAGAGGAGUCUCUAAAGAGAGCACAAGUAGCUCCACUGUUCAAGGGAAAGUAUUUUUACAUUACACCUGGAAUUUGUCCCAGUCUUUCCACCAUGAAAGCUAUUGUGGAGUGCGCAGGAGGAAAAGUAUUAUCUAAACAACCUUCUUUUCGAAAACUCAUGGAGCAUAAGCAGAAUAAGAGUUUGCCGGAGAUAAUCUUAAUUUCCUGUGAAAAUGACCUUCAUUUAUGUCGAGAAUAUUUCGCAAGGGGCAUAGAUGUCCACAAUGCUGAGUUUGUCCUGACUGGAGUACUUACUCAAACACUGGAUUAUGAAUCAUAUAAAUUUACUUGAUGGAUAGGAAAAUGCCUUACUGCUUCGGAAUCCUUGGAGCCUUAUAUCUAGCUGUUCAGCCAUUGUACAAAGCAACUAGAACUUCCUGUGGAUGCUGUUUUCCAGCUGUUUUUUUCCUAGGGAUGAUGAGCAGUUUAAAGCAGGAAAGCAAAAAUAAACUGCAUCUUUUUUAGGAUGUGUAAUUUUAUUAUGCUGAAACAUAAUUUACUAUGUUUUGUAUUAUACUACCAUUUUAAAAGAGCCCAGUUUAGGUAUCAUGUUUAGCCCGUUUUUAAGCAUUUUAAAAUAAAUUAUGGUACUUCAGCCAAAAGUGUAAUUUGGAUGUAAAAAUGAAAGGGCUUGCUAUCUAUUAAAUUAUGGAUGUCAAAGAUGAAAAUGUUUUGUACUUUAUUUUUAUUUCUUAUACUCUAUUUUCUUUUAUAUUGAUAUUUUGCCCACAUUUGAAAUAAAUGUACUUUUAAAUGUUUUACUCUAUAUUUUAGUGGUUGUUCAUUUUUUUGAAUACUGUGCAGCAAUGGCACUCUGGUAAGAGUAAAUUACUCAAAUCUUUUUCCAAGCAAUGCGAAAUUAUUUUAAGCUUAUUUUACCAGGUAUGUUUUAAUAUAUGAAUCCCAGUGCUUUAAAGGGAAAUAGUUGUAACUGUAUAUAUGUGUUUUUACUGAAGCAAAGAAGCAGCUUGAAGGAAGGAGAAACUACAACCCUGCCUAUUACACUGUUGUGAUAACUUCUUGUUUGUAUAGUGAGUUUUAC